AUGGUUCGUAAUUCGGUUCUUGUGAUUCUCUCACUGACUACUGCCACGUCAGCCUUCCUUCUAGAAGGCCUUGGAUUGGGUUUAGCUCCACCGAGACCACAACAAUGCUGCUGUCCACCACCUCCACCACCACCACCAUGCGGAGGGGGAUAUGAAGCUCCACCACCACCUCCAGCAUAUGCUCCCCCACCACCACCACCUCCACAACCAUAUUCUACCGGACCAUCGUAUGCUGGAUCUUACGGAGCAGCUGGACCAUAUAAGAGGGCAAGAUCCAAGAGAUCUAUGGAGUUGAAGGCGUCAAGUGGAGAUGUGUUGUGCAACAGUGUUCAAGUCAGAGAUAUCAUUGAGAAGGGAAUGACCAGCGAUGAGAAGGAGUCUCGUGAAACCGUCGUAGCUCUUCUGAAGGCUGAAAUGGAGCGAGAAUACGUUGUGAUCUGCUCCAAACAACAUUUCGACUACCUCGCCUCGUCGGAUUCUGACUUCUGUUCCGUCACCAACGACGCCGGAAUCACUUGCUCGUCAUUCGUCUUCUAA